GUUUGCUUUGAGCCUGACCUACCGUGCUGGCAGACGUCUCUCACUUGAUGUGGGGGAUGCUGUGGCAGGAGGUCGUGGUGCAUUGCUUUUCCUGGGCGCUGUCAUCUUGGGUGAGGAAGCUAAGGUAUAGUGAGUCAAGGAAGACCUAGGGAAGGAAUCUCCUUGAGCAGUUUCCAUUUUCCAAGUGGCUUUUGUUGAUUGGAAUACAGAUUGAAAACUUGGAAGCAGCAUGUUUUGCCUUCUGAAGCUGAUUGUGAUCCCUGUGAUUCUGGCCCCGGUAGGUGAUUCUCAGGGCCUGUCUGACACGGCUGUCUCGUCCCCUAAGCUGAGAGUGCAUGUGGGUGAUUCAGCUUUCAUGGGAUGUGUUGUCCAGAGCACAGAAGAGAAACACGUGGUCAAAGUAGACUGGAUACUCUCAAAAGGGGAACGUGCUGUGAGUGAGUACGUGCUGUACUAUUACUCCAACCUUAGCGUGCCUACGGGGCGCUUCCAGAACCGGUCGCUUUUGGUGGGGGACGUCUUACAAAAUGACGGCUCCCUCCUGCUCCAAAAUGUGCAAGAGGCUGAUUGGGGCAUCUACACCUGCGAAAUCCGCUUCGAGAGUGAGAGCAGGGUGUUUAAAAAGUCCGUGGAACUGUUCGUGCUGCCAGAGGAGCCUAAAGAGCUCACAGUCCAUGUAGGCGAUUCAACUGAGAUAGGAUGUUUUUUCCAGAGCACAAAAAAGGAGCAUGUGACCAAGGUGGAAUGGAUGUUCUCUUCCGGAGAAGAGGAAGUAAUCUUGCGCUAUGACUUCAACGUGCCUCGUGGGCACUCCCAGAGCCAAGGCCGCUUCCAAAACCGUGUAAAUCUGAUGGGCGACAUCUCCAACAACGAUGGCUCUAUCAUGUUUCAAACAGUGAAGCUGUCUGACCAAGGGGCCUACACCUGUCGCAUCUACCUGGGGAAGCUGGAGUCCAGGAAAACCAUUGUGUUGCGUGUGAUCCAGAAAGAGCCUCGAAGAGGCCAACAUUUGGGGUCGAUUUCAACAACUCCUAGACCUGAGACCCAUCAGCCGGUGACUCUGGAUGGGAAUCAGCUGGUGAUAAUUGUGGGGAUCGUCUGCGCCACCCUCUUGCUGCUCCCCGUUUUGAUCCUCAUUGUGAAGAAAACCCAGUGGAGUAAGAGUUCAGUGAGUUCUACGGCUUCCUUGAAGAGCCUGGAGAGCAAAGAGAAGGUGAACCCAGAGAAACACAUCUACUCCUCAGUGAGCACGUGGGAGGCGACAGAGGAAGGACCACGUGGACAACCAGAGGCCACCUACAUGACCAUGCACCCAGUUUGGCCCUCUCCCUCCAAAGCACCCAAUUUGGCCCUCUCUUCAGUCAGAUCCACAUAAUCCAGUUGGGAAAAAAAAAGUCAGCUUGGGAAAUUCCCCGAACCGCAAACCUUCUGAGGUGAAGAGAAAGGGCACUUCAUCUCGGCAGCGACAAAGACUCUGCUUUUGGUGGUUCCCGAGCCACUGUGUCCAGCCGGUCUCAGCCUCCAUCAAAGGCCUGAAGAUGGAGGAGUCUGGCAGGAAGACUGAAGUGCUCCAGACAAACAGGCACUGAUGAGGGGAGGAGGACCGCGGGCUUCUCCCAGAAGCUAUGUGCCGGCCGCUGGGGCUGGGGAGCUGGCGGUCUGCCCGAGGUCUCAAGCCCGCCCUUGGACCGGAUCUUUGAUUGUAAAGUGUUUUUUGUGAAUGAGCUACUAAGAGAUUCCCAGAGAUACAAGCCAACAAAAACAAUUCUUUUGAUGAAUUAUCCCCAAAUAAAUGUGGUUGGUGGGAACCAUCCUUUUUUUAUGUCCUGGAUAAAGGUUAAGCGCAGGAAU